CAAAUUACAAAGACUAAAUUUCAUAUUAUAUGAUAAUAUAUAUGCUAAUGAUCAAAUUAUCUUAUCUUAAGUCACAAAAUGGCAGAUUCUGACAGCAAAGUUGUGCAAGCUAAGCUGGUUCUUCUAGGAGAUAUGGGUACUGGAAAAACAAGUUUAGUGUUGCAAUAUGUAAGAGGACAGUUCUUUGAUCGUCAGGAAGCAACCAUAGGAGCAGCAUAUUUCACUAAAACAAUAUCAUUCGACGAAGCAAGCAUUAAAUUUGAUAUAUGGGAUACUGCAGGACAAGAGCGAUACCAUAGCUUGGCUCCUAUGUAUUAUCGCAACGCAACAGCUGCCCUUCUUGUUUAUGAUAUCUCAAACAUGGCAAAUGGUCACACUGAGGCUACCAAUAAGAUCAUAGUAAAGGGAUCUCAAAGUUAA